AUGGCCGACGUGGACCACAGACUCGAGCACGCCAGGGUCGGUUCCUGGUUCCUGGGCCCGCGGGCCGAGAACUUCGACCUACUCAAGGACUUCUUCGCUCACAUCCUGGACGACCAGCAGGCGGCACGCAAAGGAAUCUACAAGCAGGACCCCGACUUCAUCACGGACGAUAUGAAGAAAUCCGAGGUCUUCACGGCAAGCAUCAGCCAGCUGUGGAACGACGUCAAAGCCCUGUCCAAGGGCCUGGCUGAUCACUCCAUCCCGUUCUGGUCACCCCGAUACAAUGCCCACAUGAAUAUGGACACUGCCAUGUCGAGCAUCAUUGGAUACAUGGCGUCGAUGAUGUAUAACCCCAACAACGUCGCCACCGAGGCUAGUCCGUUCACCACUGCCUUGGAGAAGGAUGUUGGGCUGCAGCUCUGCCGCAUGCUAGGUUAUACGGUCUUCGGUGACUUCCCUGCAUGGGGCCACAUCACAUGCGACGGCUCCGUGGCCAACCUCGAAGCUAUCUGUGUUGGCAAGUACGACCCUCGUCACUUGGAAGGCUACUUUAGUUAUCCCCUCUGGGGCACGUAG